AUGGAUGUUGCGAUAUUUUGUUUGUUUGUGUUGGUUGUCGUCUCACCUACUUGCACUCUUGAAGGAGGCCAUAUCUGUUUAAAGAGUGAGACAACGGAGAGUGGAAAACUUGUAUGCUGUAGGGGCUAUGAAGAAAAGAAUAAUAAGUGUGUAGAAUGCAGUCCCGGCUUCUGGGGAUGGAACUGUACUGACAGGUGUCCGAAGAAUCAUUAUGGUAAAAGAUGCUUGACAAAAUGUAGCUGUAAUGAAACGCAGAUUUGUCAUCAUGUGUGUGGAUGCUUACAAAGAUUGGACUUGGAUAUUGCAAAUAUGACAAACAAUGAUAUAAGUAUCUUUUUAGAGAAUGUGACGUAUUCACCUUUUGCAGAGGAGUGUCCUACUACAACCGAUGAGUUAUCCACAAGCACAGAUAAUACAACGGAUUCACAGUCUGCUAUUGGAAUACCUUCCCCGGAAUCAAAUUCUACAAUAGCAUUUCUUAUUGUAGCAGCAAGUGUCACUAGUGUAUGUAUUGUAUUCGGAAUAGGACUGUUAUAUCGGUUGCACUUGGGGAGAAAUAAAGCAGAAUGUCGCGUUCAUCACAAUAUGGUGUACGAUUUAGGAGAUAUAUCAAGGAUUCGGGAAAACCCAAGUGUACGCGAAGAGCCAGCAGAGCCUCUGUAUGGUGAAUGUAGUUACGAGGACACCUGCUACAGUACAUUGGUACUAAGAGUGAACAAUGAAUCUGGUCGGGAACCUAAUACAUUACGACAGCCAGUCUUUACAGAUGAUGACAGUAUAUAUGAGUUAGCACAUCGUUAUACGUAUCAUAGUGAUGAGGGACAACCAACAAACGUGUCUAUUACUGAUAUGACUGAAGCAGCUGAAUAA